AUGGGUUCCAUGCGUCUUUUAGUGGCGGCACUGUGGUGUGCAUUUGUGAUGCAAGCAGGGUUUUCUGUCUCGCAUGCUCAGCUCACUCCCACAUUCUAUAGCGAAACAUGUCCAUUCCUCUUCGAUAUUGUAUUUGACGUCAUCUUCGAAGCUUCCCUUUCUGAUCCCCGCAUCGGUGCCAGCCUCAUCAGGCUUCAUUUUCACGAUUGCUUUGUCCAAGGUUGCGAUGGAUCAGUUUUGUUGAACAACACUGCAACGAUAGUGAGCGAGCAACAAGCAUUGCCAAAUAACAACUCAAUAAGGGGUUUGGAUGUGGUCAAUGACAUCAAGACAGCAGUGGAAGACUUUUGUCCAGCCACAGUUUCUUGUGCUGAUAUUCUUGCUAUUGCAGCUGAAGUAGCUUCUGUUCUGGGAGGAGGUCCCUCGUGGCCAGUUCCAUUGGGAAGAAGAGAUAGCUUAACGGCUAACCGAACUCUUGCAAAUCAAAAUCUUCCAGCACCCUUCUUCAACCUAACUCAACUUAAAGCUUCCUUUGCUGUUCAAGGUCUCAACACUAUUGAUUUAGUUACACUCUCAGGUGCUCAUACAUUUGGAAGAGCUCACUGCAGUACAUUCCUUGACCGAUUAUACAAUUUCAGCAACACUGGAAAUCCUGAUCCAACUCUGAACACAACUUAUUUAAAAAAAUUGCGUGUGAUAUGCCCUAAGAAUGGAACUGGGAAUAACCUCACUAAUUUGGACCUGACCACUCCUGAUCAAUUUGAUAAGAAUUACUACUCCAAUCUUCAGAGCCACAAUGGGUUGUUUCAGAGCGACCAAGAGCUAUUCUCUACUUCUGGUGCAGAUACCAUUGGCAUUGUCAAUAGCUUCAGUAGUGACCAAAAUCUCUUCUUUAACAACUUUAUUAAUUCAAUAAUAAAAAUGGGUAAUAUUGGAGUGCUAACUGGGGAUCAAGGAGAAAUCCGUUUGCAAUGUAAUUUUGUGAAUGGAGACUCCUCUGGUAUUGCAUCCAAUGGUUCAAAAGAUGUUCUGGUUAGCUCAAUCUAA